AUGGUGACGGUGGCGACCCCCGGGAGCCCGAGGUGGCCAAAGGCGCAGUGCCAGCAGCGCGGGGGCCACCAUGGCGGGGGGACAGCGGGGCCCGCUGCUGGUGCCGGCAUCUACAAGGAAUAUUUCAACCGCGACAAAAUCCGCGAGCACUACAACUACACCAAGGGCGACACCGAGAGCUCGGCCCCGUCGCGCUGGGUGGGCUCCGUCCUCAUCAUCCUCCUGUGCUGCGUCAUCGUCCUGGAGAACCUGCUGGUGCUGGUGUCCAUCUGCCGCAACAAACGCCUGCACUUGGCCAUGUACAUCUUCAUCGGCAACCUGGCCGCCUCGGAUUUGCUGGCCGGGGCCGCGUUCAUGGUGAACACGCUGCUGUCGGGCAGCACCACCUUCAGCCUGACGCCGGUGCAGUGGUUCGUGAGGGAGGGCACGGCCUUCGCCACCUUGGCCGCCUCGGUGUUCAGCCUGCUGGCCAUCGCCAUCGAGCGCCACGUGGCCAUCACCAAGGUCAAGGUGUACAGCAGCGACAAGAAUUGCCGCAUGGUUCUGCUGAUCGGCGCUUGCUGGGUGAUCGCCGGCGCCAUCGGCAGCUUGCCCAUCAUGGGGUGGAACUGCAUCAGCGACCUGCGCGACUGCUCCACGGUGCUGCCGCUCUACUCCAAGCGCUACGUGCUCUUCGUCACCACCAUCUUCACCCUCAUCCUCAUGGCCAUCGUCGGCCUCUACACCCGCAUUUACUGCAUCGUCCGCUCCAGCCACGCCGAAAUCGCCACGGCGCAAACGCUGGCGCUGCUCAAAACCGUCACCAUCGUGCUGGGAGCCUUCAUCGUCUGCUGGCUGCCCGCCUUCAUCAUCCUCCUGAUGGACGCCUCGUGUCCCGUCCGCGCUUGCCGGGUCUUGUACAGCGCCAAUUAUUUCUUCGCUUUCGCCACGCUCAACUCGGCGGCCAACCCGGUGAUUUACAUGCUGAGGAGCAAGGACAUGCGCGGCGAGUUCCUGCGCGUGCUCUGCUGCUGCGGGAGGGGCCGGCGGCCGCCGCAGUUGGGUCGCCCGGGGGUCCCCUUGCGCACGUCCAGCUCGCUGGACAAAGGCCCGGCCAGCCCCACGGCGGCCGAGCUGGUGACGGCGCCGCUGACGCGCGAGUGCACCACGUCUGUGUGA